CGGCAACAGCUCCGCCCGCCUCUCCGUCUUUCACCGUCUGUGUCUACCUGUCUCUCUGCCUCUCUCUCUCUUUCUACCUGCCUCCCCCCUCCCUCCAUCCCUCCCUCCGUCCCUCUCCUCCCCCCUCUCGGUGCGGACAUGCUCCCGGGGCUCCGGAGAUGAGGCUCCGAAAUGUCUCCUUCCUGACGGUCUUGUUGUUCGGGCUGUGCGGGCUGGUCUCCCUGUCCUGGUACACCGCCUUCAGCAGCUCCAGAGGAGAUGUGGUGGACAUCUACCAGAGGGAGUUCCUGGCGCUGAGGGAGCGCCUCCACUCGGCGGAGCAGGAGAACCUGCGGCGCUCCAAAGAGCUGAACCUGGUCCUGGAGGAGAUCAAGAGGGCCAUUGCUGAGAAACAGGCGCUCAGAGACAUCAACCGCACCUGGAGCAGCCUCUCAGAGGAGACGAGGCUGAAGUUGUGGAAUGUGAGCAGCAGUAAAAACGUCCUGCAGCUUCCCUCCAUCUUCCAUCAUCUUCCUCACCUACUGAACAGAGAGGACAGUCUGCAGCCCGCCGUGCACCUGGGACAGGGACGCACCGGAGUCUCCAUAGUGAUGGGGGUCCCCAGUGUGAAGAGGGAGGUCCACUCCUACCUGACCGACACACUCAGCUCCCUCAUGUCGGAGCUCAGCGCCGCCGAGAAGGACGACUGCGUCAUCGUCGUCCUCAUCGCCGAGGCUGACCAGCAGUACGCCAGCACUGUAGCAGACAACAUGAAGCGCCUUUUUCCAGCAGAGAUCCAGUCCGGUCUGUUGGAGGUCGUCUCUCCGUCCGUCCACUUCUACCCCGACUUCUCCCGACUCCGAGAAUCCUUCGGAGACCCGAAGGAGAGAGUCAGGUGGAGGACGAAGCAGAACCUGGACUACUGUUUCCUGAUGAUGUACGCUCAGUCUAAAGGAACGUACUACGUCCAGCUGGAGGACGACAUAGUUGCUCGCCCGAACUACUUCACCACCAUGAAGAACUUUGCGUUGCAGCAGCCGUCGGAGGAGUGGAUGAUCCUGGAGUUCUCUCAGCUCGGCUUCAUCGGUAAGAUGUUCAAGUCCCUGGACCUGUCGCUCAUCGUGGAGUUCAUGCUGAUGUUCUACAAAGACAAACCCAUCGACUGGCUGCUGGACCACAUCAUGUGGGUGAAGGUGUGCAACCCGGAGAAGGACGCGAAACACUGCGACAGGCAGAAAGCCAACCUGAGGAUUCGCUUCAAACCGUCUCUCUUCCAACACGUCGGCACUCACUCGUCCUUGGCUGGAAAAAUACAGAAACUCAAGGACAAGGACUUUGGGAAACAGACCCUCCAUAAGGGUCACGCCAACCCGCUGGCAGAGGUGACGACCAGCCUGAAGACCUACCAGCACUUCACCCUGGAGAAAGCCUACCUGGGGGAGGACUUCUUCUGGGCCUUCACCCCUGUAGCGGGGGAUUUCAUACGGAUACGAUUCUUCACACCUGUCCGCAUUGAGAGGUAUUUCUUUCGGAGCGGAAACAUCGAACAUCCAGGAGACAAACUUUUCAACACGUCAGUGGAGGUUCUGCCGUUUGACAAUAUUCAGGCAGAGAAAGAGGCCUUGACAGAGGGGAGGGAGAAAACGCCAAAGUACCACCGGACAGAAGACGGAUUUAUCAGAAUAGGAACAUUCCAGAACGGGAUCGCAGAGGGGGAGGUGGACCCCACAUUUGGCCCCCUGGAGGCCAUGCGUCUCUCAGUGCUGACGGACUCUCCGGUCUGGGUGAUCCUCAGCGAGAUCUUCAUAAAGAAAGCAGAGUGAGGCUCCGCCCCCCCAGUGAUACCUCAGCACCUCUGAGCGGUCAGCCGAGCCGACCCGACGCUCGUCAGCUGCCGUCCUGCUCCAGUCCUGCUCACCAGAUCCCCACCACGGUGCCACAGCGCCGCCGUGUGGCCGGACCUCACCACCGCAGGCUGAACAGACCAGAGACUGGAAACACAGAAACACACUCACAGACAGACAGACAGACGACUGAUGAUGAUGAUGAUGAUGAUGA